GGAAGAAAAAGCAUUAUCCACGGAACCACCAGAGAUACGUUCGAGCUAUGGCACGCUCGAUCAGGAACGCGUACCACCAUCCUUUCUACUAGAGCAUCUUUCAACCGAUCGCAUUGAACAGACAAUCAGUUUCAAUGCGCGACUACACCAUGUGCGGUCUGUAAGCUCAAAGCUAGCCUUCAUCCUUCUGCGUCAACAGGUUGACACUAUACAAGGCGUUUUGCAAGUCCGAGAAGGGGCUGUAUCAGAAAACUUCGUACGAUGGGCUGAGCAUUUGAAUACCGAGUGCUUAGUGCAUGUCCGAGGUAUUGUACGCGAGCCACCAGAACACAUCAAGACUUGCAGCGUACAUAAUCUCGAAAUCCUCAUCGAUAGUAUGCAUGUCUUAGUACAAGUUGAGGAGCCCCUAGCUAUUGAUGUUUAUAACAUGGAGCAGGUGGAAGAAAGUGAAGAGAGCCACGAGACUCGUCUGGCAGCUUCAAACCGAGUUCGCACUGCGAACCGACUCCUUUUCCUUCGGACCCCAGUCAUGCAAAGCGUUUUUCGAAUUCGUUCCUCCAUCUGCAACGUAUUUCGCUCCACGCUUGACGAGCAAGGAUUUAUUGAGAUCCAAACACCCAAGCUCCAGCCUGCUGCGACCGAGUCGGGUGCUGAGGUCUUCAGGGUUAAUUACUUUGAUAGAACCGCGUUUCUCGCACAGAGCCCGCAAUUGGCGAAACAGAUGGCAAUCUCUUCUGAUUUUGGUCGCGUUUUUGAGAUAGGGCCGGUUUUUAGAGCCGAAGACAGCAAUACUCACCGACAUCUAACUGAGUAUACCGGUCUGGAUCUGGAGAUGACGAUUCACAACGAUUACCACGAAGCUAUGGAUGUGAUUGAUGGGCUGUUAAAAUCCAUUUUCAAGGCAGUAUAUUCUCGAUGUCGCAAGGAAAUUGAAAAUGUCAAGACUAAAUUUCCUCACGAGGACCUCGUCUGGCUUGAACAAACCCCGCGCCUCACCUUCAAAGAAGGGGUCCAGCUGUUGAAUUCAUCAGGGUGGACAGAUGAUGACGGCAAGCCAGCCGCCGAGAAUGAGGAUCUUGGAACGCGGUCAGAAAUUCGGCUUGGUCAGCUGGUGAAAGAGAAGUAUGGUACUGAUUACUUCAUCCUUGACAAAUUUCCAACAUCGGCACGGCCUUUCUACACGCACUUAGACCCGAAUGAUGAUACAGUCACCAAUUCUUUCGACAUAUUCCUUCGAGGCCAGGAGAUCACAACAGGCGGUCAGAGAAUUAACAACCCACGACUAUUAGCUGAAAGAAUGAAGAAGGCAGGGGUAGAUUCCGACGGAAUGGAAGAAUACAUGCAAGCAUUUGAGUGGGGUGCACCUCCACACGCAGGUUGCGGUAUUGGCCUUGAACGUGUCCUAUUCUUGUUAUUGAAUUUAGGAGAUGUUCGAAAUGCCACUCUAUUCCCAAGAGAUCCGAAAUCAUUACCAGCAAAGAAACCCGGACAAUCCGACAAGCUUCCGUUCCCGGAAGCUGAUACUAUCCGUUAUACCUUUGAAGGGGAGCACGACCAUGUCCACCUCCCCGACCUAGAGAAGCUCAUCGUAAACUACGGCGAUGCGACAAACACUUCCUGGCUUGACGAACGGUAUAAAGUCUGGCGAGAUACGGAAACUGGAGCUGCAGUGGGCUACGCGGAGGAAAAUAAGUAUGCGAUGAUCAUGGGAAAUCCUCUCUGCGAUCCGCGCCAGUACGGCAUCGUCAUUAGUUCUUUCCUUAAGUACCUUAAGAAGAAUGAAGAUCUCCGGCCUAUCUGGAUCCUGGCCUCUGCGCAAGUCGAAGAUAUUCUGGGUGCGAAGCUUGGAUGGCGGACACUGACGUGUGUGGCUGAGGAACGUGUGGAUGUGAGCAACGCUAAUAGGGUGGUUAAGAAGGAGCGCCAAGCAAAGAAUGCCGAAGUGAAAAUCCACGAAACCGCACUUGGCCAACCGGUCCCCGACGAGGUGAGAGCAAAAUGUGACAAGCGAAUUGAGGACUGGAAGGAAGGCCGUAAAGGUCGAAAGCAAGUCCACAUUACUGAAGUUCGGCCAUGGGUGUCAAUGGCUCACCGUCGCUACCUUUGGGCCGAAGAUAAGAACGGCGAAAUUGUCGGACUUGUCAUCUUGCACCGCCUCUCGCCUGAACACGGUUAUCAAAUCAAGUUCGCCCUUGAUUUCCCUGGUUCACCAUCCGGAAGUAUCGAAGCCCUUAUUUCCCGCGCUAUCCAAAGCCUUACAGCUUCAGGGAUCAGCAGUGUGACUUUCGGUGCCGGUGCCAUGGACGAGCUAGUCAUCGGUAGCAACCUAAACGGCAUCAAAGCCAGGCUCCUUAGCCGCACGUACAAGACGGUGGCACAGCAGCUAAAACUAAUUGCCAAAAGCGAGUUCAGGGAGAAGUUCGGCGUGAAGCAGGAGCCGGUUUAUAUCUGCUAUCCUUUCAUGGGCCUCGGAGUUUCCGGGGCCAGGACAUUGAUCAAAUUUUUCGAGGACGAGAUGUAAUUAUCUGUAUUCCCAAACAUUGAUACUCCACUUCUUUGUUUUUUUCUUUUUCAUCUGGCGGCAUGGCUUAAUGGUGAGGAGUUUUGGGAAGCGGAAUUUGAUAUACCAGGAUAGACGAUCUGGGCGCAUUUGACAUUUUUACUUAGUAACGAUAGAUACCCAUUAACGGUAACGUAUCUUGGAUGAGGAUUGAUAUAGAUUAUAAUGGACGGCAUAUUAUCAAGAUCAUGAAUAGGAUGAAAGCAAGC